AUGUUUGAACCAUGCUAUAAUACUUCUGGAAAAGCUUUAAGUCCGCAAUCCACUCAACAAAUUCCUCCAAUCUUAUUUCGUAAACGUACUGAAAAAAUUGAUUGGAGACGGUUAGCAUCAAUUGAUGUUAAUCGUAUAGCAAGAGAUGUAGACGUUGAAAGUUUACAAGAAAUAUUAUCAUCUGUUACAUUCUGUGAUAUAACUAAUGAAAUAGAUACACGUUAUGUGGAUAAUAAUUUGAUCAAACUAUUUCAACUUGCUCAAUUAUUAAUUGAAUAUUUAUUGUAUUCUCAAGAUUAUUUGACAACGACAAUUGAUUCACUUAAAGAAGAAAAUAAUGAGAUUCAUAAGAAUUGUGAUAAAUUAAAACAUCAACUUCAAGAGAAAACCAAUCGUCUUACAGCCACUCGUCGUGAAUGUCAUCGUCGACGUUUAUUAUUAAUAGCUCAACAACAACUGAUGGAUUCUGGUCCACAAUCAUUACAUCAAUGUAUUUAUUGUCCUAAAGCUUUUAUAAAUGCAUCAUUUCUAGCUACGCAUAUUCAUCGUCGACAUCCGGAAAUGGAAACGAUGACUAGAAAUACACCAGUUUGUAUAUCAAAUCCAUAUGUAAAAGCCAAUCUUAAUAAUAAUAAUAAUGUAACACCUUAUCCACAACAAACACAACAUUUCUAUCAACAAUCUGAUUAUGCCUAUACAACAAAUAAUAAUAAUAAUAACAAUAAUAAUAAUAAUAAUGAUAAUGAUAAUAUUAAUAAUAGUAAUGUUAAUAAUAGUAACAUGAAUACAUCUUUAGAACGUGAUGUUAGAGAAUUGUUAAAUCAGCUGAAGUCGAAUCCUUCAAAUUUACCAAAUCAACAUCAUCAUUCACCAGUUAAUUCGAUUGGUUUCGAUGUGGAAUUGGCUAAAGAACAAACUAAAAACGAUAAAGAUUGGCAUACACAAUUAAUGGAAGAGCAUAGACGUGAUAUUGAAUUAAUAAGAAAAGGAUUUGAAAAAGAAAUUCACAAUCUACAAGUUCAAUGUCAUCAAACACAAGAAGAAUUAAAUAAACUCAAAUCGAGACCAGCUCUUUCUAAUUUGGGCGAAUUAGAAAAUGAUACAUCUGGACCUGUAUUUCGACCAAGUCGAACAACAUCAGCUAAUACAACAUUACAAAAAUCCAGUAAAAUUCGUAAUGCAGGCCAUAGUGAAAUGAGCGCUCGUCACAGUUUACCAACUACCGAUGAUAAAGAGUCCACUGUUCAUGGUUCAACUAUUUCUGGAUCAACAACAAGAUUUGUACGACCUUAUUCAUCGAAAUCUCAAUUCGCUAGUGUUGCGGGUCAUGGUGACAAUGAUGAAUCGGAAGCACAACAAGUUUCUCGAGCAAUGGGACGUGUAUUAACUGCAUCAGGAGAUACAAGUCCAACACCAAGUUUAAAUGCCAGUACAAAUAUGUUACGAUAUAGUCGUUUAUUAGAUCAGCUACGUGAUGAUCCUGAAACUUUACGAAAGCUACGUCAUGAAGUUGAACGUUUAUUAUUGGAACAAUUAAAUGAACAUGGAAUUAAAUCAGAUCAACGUUAUUUAUCUACAAGUCAACUAAAUCAAAAAUUAGCUAAUUUACGUAAAGAAAGAGAAAAUCUAGCUAGAAAACAUCAAAAGUUUAUGGAAAUACGUGAUAAUUUAGAUCAACAAGUUGAUCGUUUAGCACAUGCAGCUAUUCGUGGCAGUACAACAAUCAGUAUUUCUGAAUCAAAACCACGUGUAGAAAAUACUUCACACAAAAUAAAUUCAUCCUAUAAAAUUGGUUUACCUCCUCCAGCAUCACACAGUCCUAAUAGUAUACGUAGAUCUGGAACUCUUCCAUUAUCUUCACGUAGAACUGAUGUUGUUACAUCUAAUUUAGGUGUAUCUUUACCAAUAUUACCUGUAAGCAAUGAAAAUGAAGGUAGUCAAUCCAAUAUAACUGGGAUAAUUAAUUCACCAAGUAGAAAAGGUAUAGAAUUCUCUGAAACAAAACCACGUCUACAAAGAUCAAGUCCUCAACUUCAAUAUGUUACAGAAAGAAGUAAUUUGGCUGCUAAAUUAUCACCGACCAUGUCUAAACAAAAUAUUCCCACUGAAUCACAAUUACAAAUUACUCCACGAAAAUAUGCCACUGCAUUGCAAACUAAUAACUAUAAUACCAAUAAUGAUAAUGAUACUACUACUAUAGAACAACCGAAACAAAUCACUCGAAAUUCACCUGAAAUUCAUUUUAGUCAUGAUCAACGUGUUGUAACAUUCGGUAUAAAACCAAAUACUACAACGAAUACUAGUAAUCUAUCGGUUGUACCAAGUAGUGAAGAUGAUGAAUGGGAUUCAGAGACGGAAGAUUUAAAUGCUGUUGCUGCGGAAAUCAAUAAAUCUCAACAAAUAACAUCAGGAUUAUCAAAUAAACUCACAGAUCCAUUAAAACCAACAAUAUCUUAUUAUAAAUCAAAUAACAAUAUUCAUAAUAGUUCUUCUAUACUUCAAAAAAAUAACAGUAAUCAAGGAGUGAAAUUCUCUUCAUAUAAAAGUCAAAAUUUGAAAACUGAUGAUGAAGAUAUAUUCAGUGUAUCAUCAAUCAAUGGUGGUUUAGCUGAAGAUAAUAGUUUCUCUUUAGGUCAAGAAUUAUCACCAAGACAUUCAGUUGGCGUAAGUCGAUCAUUGGAUCCAAGUGUAGCAGCAGCACAUGCAGAAAUGGCUGCAUUAGGUCCUAGGCCAACUACCAGAGUAGGUGGAAUGAGUAGACAACCAACAACUGCAAAGCAUACAUCAAUUGGAAGUCCAGAAUUGAGUAACACUAUGGCGACUAGUCUUUGGGGUACAAAUUCUAAAGCUGCUAGUCCAAUUACAAAUGUGAUCUCUGUAGCCAGAUCCGAUGGUGCUUACGAAGAGGAUUUCGAUUCAGAUGAUUAA